ACAUAACUAGCUUAAGGGAAUGAAUGUAUAAUAUCGCUAUAGUGAUUUUUUUCAACCAAAGAACCUAAAUUGUAUGGGAAUUACGUAAUGUUUAAGUAAUUUAAUCUUUUCAGCAAAAUACGGAAAAUUUAUAACUCAAAAUGUCGAGCAUUACCCGUCGUAUUAUGAAGGAAACUCAACGACUCUUGUCAGAUCCAGUGCCAGGCAUCAGUGCAGUUCCUGAUGACAGUAAUCCAAGAUAUUUUCAUGUGCUUGUAGCUGGCCCUGAAGGUUCCCCAUUCGAAGGAGGUAUCUUCAAAUUGGAACUAUUUUUGCCAGAAGAGUAUCCCAUGACUCCACCCAAAGUACGCUUUAUUACAAAAAUAUAUCAUCCUAAUAUUGAUAAGCUUGGUCGCAUAUGUUUGGAUAUUUUAAAAGAUAACUGGAGCCCGGCUUUGCAGAUUAGAACAGUACUCCUUUCUGUUCAAGCAUUACUUAGCGCACCUAAUCCAGAUGACCCUCUUGCCAAUGAUGUGGCGGAACAGUGGAAAUUUAACGAGCAAGAUGCGAUCGAGAUAGCAAGAGAGUGGACCAUGAUAUAUGCUAAAAAGUAGAAUAAAUUUUACUUCAUUCAUUACUUUACCAUUGAUGAAGUGAAAGAACUGAUAAAUAAUUUAUUUUCAUGUAUUCUAAAAGUUAAAGCAAUAUGUAUUUUACUUAAUACUUACAAUAUUUCGCAACUUAUAUCUUUUUCUUAGAGUUUUAAAGUUUCGGGUACUAAGCACAGAAUGUGCUUUUUUAUUAUAAGUUGUUAAUAGAUUUAUUUCAUCAUAAAGCAAUACUAUUGAAAAUAAAUUAAGUUGGUGAGACCAAAGUUAUGUUGUUUCUCUUUCUGAUAAAAGAUAAUGUUGAGAUUUUCUUUAUCUUAAAUGUGUUAUAUUCUCUUUAAACAGUAUGUGUAUAGAAUCAGUUGUAUGAUAAUUACUGAAGUAGAUAAUACUAGAAUUUGAACUUUUUCCUAAUUUUCUGUAGUUACAUAUCUCAGAUAAUAAUAUUGAUAUAAUAUCUAGUUGCAUUCAUUCUUUUGAAUAGGAUAUUAGGUUAAAAAGUAUUUCUUUAUUGUAAUAAAGGCUUUAUGACUAUGUAAGUUUACUUUUUAUGCAAUUUCUUUCAUAAGUGUUAAAUAUAUGCAUUAAUUACAUUAAGCUGCAAGUGUGAAACAGGUUAAUGUACUUGCGUUAUUUAUAUGUGGUAAAUACAUAUAUAUAUUUCUCUGCCCUUAAAAUGUUAAUGCGAUAAUAUCUAAAAUUGUUUGAUAGUUACUAAAAAAAAUGCAAAUAUUAAAUCAUGUAAUAUACCAAAAUUUACAUAUAAUUCCAUUAAGUAGAUUUAUCUACAUGUUGCUCAAAUGCAUUUGUAAUUCUGUUUUCAUUCCAUAAUAGUUUUUGACAAUACAUCAGCCUCCUUGGUAAAAUUACCAUGAUAAAAAAAGUAUAUAUGUACCUGUGUUUCAUUGGUUCAGGUUAAAAUCAAUCAAUAUUUUUAUUUCAUUGAGCUUUAGAUUUGUAUUUUUUCUUUUUCUUUCAAAUUUACUUUCUCUAAAUGCUGUGUGUUUUCUUAUGGUAUAUAAAAAUUUGAAAAGCAUUAAACUAUUUUUCUGUAACAUUGUUAUUUUGUUAAAAUAAAUCUGUUUUAACACAUAG